UUUGGGUCAGAAAGUCAUGGAGUUUGGUUUUGACAGUAGAAAAAUGGGAGUGAAGACAACCUCGUAUCGGAAAAAAGUGUACUAAGAAAUUGUGCAGUGAUUAGGCCCUUUGCCAACCGUCAUUUUCUCCAACCACCCGAAAAGCCGCAUUGUUGGACUCCAACAAGGAACAACCUGAGACUCCGAGAAUAGGAUAGGAUGGGAUAGGAGUAAGAAAAAAGGUAAAGGUAAUCUAGGAAAGCCUAAGUGAAACCUUUGUCCUCUGAUUGAUUACACUGUCAGAAGCAAUCUCAAUUCUCAAUUCUCAAUUCUCAAUCAAAUGGAUUCAACUGUCUCGAAGCUUGUAGCUAAACUGGAUCUGAAGUCGCACCCAGAAGGCGGCUUCUAUUCUGAAACCUUCAGAGACUUCUCCGUGCACCUCUCUAAAUCUCAUCUCCCCCCUACUUACAAGGUUGAUCGACCUGUGAGUACAUCUAUUUACUUCUUGCUGCCUUCUGGGAGUGUUUCUCACUUGCACCGAAUCCCAAUGGCAGAAACAUGGCACUUUUACACAGGAGAAUCUAUUACGGUGGUAGAGCUAAACGAGACUGAUGGUAGUGUGAAGUUAACAGGCAUCGGGCCUGAUCCCCUGGCAGACAAUCAACAAGUGCAGUACACAGUUCCUCCAAAUGUAUGGUUUGGUGCUUUCCCAACAAAGGAUAUCGACAUCUCUGCUGACAAGAAGAAAGCUGUCAAAAAUCCUCCAAGAGACGCUGAGAAGGACUUCGCGUUAGUUGGAUGUACGUGUGCUCCUGCCUUCCAGUUUGAUGAUUUCGAGCUUGCAAAACGAUCUUACCUCGUAUCAUGCUUCCCAGAAUACGAGUCGCUGAUAUCUUUGCUCACCUUUGCUGAGACAUCCUAGUCUGGAUCUCCUCUUAUUUCAUGUCAGUAUGUUUACCAUUGCAGAUUUAUCAUAAUGAACUCUGAUUUGAAAUGUUUCUUGGUAUCCUUGUGAACGCUUCAACUGUGUCAUUUGUUGACAAUGAAACUCGCAGGUUUUGCAAUUAUUGUUCAGUAUUAUUGUUU